AUGGCAUGCACGCACAGCCCCCAAGAUACAAAGCGAAACGAAUCCUUCAAGCUUCCAUUGCGAGACGCAGGAGAUGACUUGGGUGCGCACAAGAUAGAUGUGCGACUUUCGAUUACCGACGUGUGGCGUUGGAUCUGUGAGACCCCCAAUCAAAAUGAUCUGUCCACGGAAUAUACCCGCUUUGCAAACGGCAUCACUGCUUAUAGUAAAAUCUUUCCAGACAAGCCUAAGCAAAUGGAGUGGCAAAGACUUGGUGCCAGCGUACUCACGCUACUGGAUGAAAAGACUAACUUAUCUCAACCGGCAAGCACUCUUCAUUUGCAUUCGAGGUUUUCGACUACGACGAGUAAGAUACAAGCUCGACUGGUGUCGGUAAUGGAUCUAGUGGAACAAUGGCAAGACGGGAUUUUCUCUAUGAAUCAAGUCGACAUGGCGUUAAAGAUGCUUAAUGAGGUAGUAGCUUACAAGUCGAAGGAUUGGAACCCGUAUUCGGAUCAAACCGUGCGCGACUGUCUAGAGAAGCUGACUACCUGCAUCAAGAUGAUCAAACCCUGA